GGUAGCUACAUAUUCCUUUGUCUAGAUUAAAGAUUGCAACGAACGGACGUGUGUUAUUUCGCAACCCUUAGUAGGACGCCACCCCCUUCAUCCCUAUUUCUCAGUGGCGACGAGCUGUUCGAACCUUUUAGGGCGUGUACUGUGCGUGUUGUGUUGGGUGAAUAAAACAAUGUCUAUUGGCAAAAUAGGCGAGUUUAAAAUCGCGUCGGACAAUUGGCGGUUAUAUGUAGAACGACUUGAACAGUAUUUCUUGUGUAACAACAUUAAAGCUGAGUUGCAAGUGGCUACGUUAGUGACCGUGAUUGGUGCCGAGGGUUAUGAACUCCUAGUUAACUUAUGCACGCCGGAUAAACCUACUACAAAAAAAUUCGCUGACUUAACGGCCAUUUUAGAAAAACAUUUACAACCUAAACCCAGUGUACUAGCGGAACGUUAUAAAUUUAGACAUAGAAAACAGGGAGAUAGUGAAUCGAUGUCAAAUUACGUGGCAGUUUUGAAAAGAAUGUCUAAGACGUGUGACUUUGGGACGUGGCUCGAAGAUAGUUUAAGGGAUCAGUUUGUAUGCGGAAUUCACAGCGAGACCAUUCGACAAAGGCUUUUUGCUGAAGAUAAGCUAGAUUUCACUAAAGCUUUUAAUCUGGCAGUCAGUAUGGAAGCGGCUGAAAAGGACGCCGCUAUGGUCGAGGGGGCGCGAAAGCCUGCUAGCGACGGGACAAGUGCGUUGGCAUCUUGUCAAGCGAUAGCGGCGAGUUCGUCACGACGUAGGAACGAGGCGGCGCGUGGAGCAUGGCAACCGCGGGGUGCAGAGCGAGGCGCCAGCGCUGGGCGUGGUGCCCGUGCCAGCGGCUGGCAGGCGGCGACGGCGGCGUCGGCGGGAAAGCGGCGUGACGCACACUGUAAUGCUUGCGGCGGGGCACACGGUACGGAAACCUGCCGAUUCGCCCGCUACGUGUGCAAAGUGUGCAACAAGCAGGGACACUUGCAGCGGGUGUGUCCAUUAAUGGCAAAUACUCACAGCGUGGAAGUUAUGAAUAUGGCCAGUCAGCGGGAAAUAUAUAGUGAGGACAGUGACAUGAGUGACGAGGUAAUUAUCAUACAUGUUAAUAACUUAAGGGCAGCGGAUUACAAACCCAUUUUUAUGAAAAUAAAUGUGCAGGGUAUUGACCUUGACAUGGAAUGUGAUACAGGCAGUGCGAUAUCAUGCGUCAGCAAAAAAGUUUACGAACAAUUAUUUUCUAGGUUAAUACUUUAUGGUAGUAAUGUUAGAUUACGAUAUUACACUGGAGAACUUGUAAAACCGGUGGGUGUAGUAAAACCACUUGUAAAAUAUAAAGAUAGACAGGAAUACUUGGAGAUGUAUGUAAUUGACAAUGGUAAAUCUAUGCUGAUAGGCAGACAAUGGCUGGCGGAAUUAAAUGUGCCCAUACCUACGCCAUGCAAACCUUGCAAUGUCAAUAGAACCGAGGUAGAUGGAAAUGAGUUUAACUUGGCGGAUUUCAGUUCCAGAUUUUGUGACGUGUUCGCGGAUGGUUUGGGGCGAUUCACCGGCGGUCGCGUGAGCAUCCACCUACGGGAAGGAGCGCGGCCCGUGUUCCUGCGCGCGCGGCCCCUGGCUUACGCGCUGCGCGCGCCGGUGGAGCGCGCGCUGGAACAGCUGGUGCGCGACGGCGUGCUCACCCCCGUCGACCGCUCCGACUGGGCUACACCCAUUGUCCCGGUAGUAAAGAAGGACGGUAAUGUAAGAAUUUGCGCUGAUUACAAACUAACUUUAAAUAGAAUGCUAGAAGUCGAUCGAUAUCCGUUACCUAGGGUAGAAGAUUUGUUGGCACGCCUGUACGGAGGCAAGCGAUUUAGUAAGAUCGAUUUAUCGCAGGCCUACGCGCAGUUUGAGCUGGACGAUUCUCGAAAAUACACCGUGAUUAAUACCCAUAAGGGCUUAUUCCGAUAUAACCGUCUUGUGUAUGGAUUGUCCUCGAGCCCGGGUAUAUUUCAGAGGCGGUUGGAACAAAUGUUUGCAGACUUGCCCCACGUAGGCGUAUUCCUUGACGACGUGAUUAUCACGGGCAGCGAUACGGAAUCGCAUAUUGACAAUUUAGUUAAGGUUUUCGAGAGGUUGCAAGCCUAUGGGUUGCGCGUAAAGAAAGAGAAGUGCGCUUUCUUUGCUAAAUCGAUUAAUUAUCUAGGGCACGUUAUUAGUGAAGAUGGCGUACAUACUUGCCCAGAAAAAGUCAAGGCUAUCGAGGCCGCGCCGGCGCCACGCAAUGUAUCCGAAUUAAGGGCCUUUAUAGUAUUAGAUGUCUAG